CUAUAAAUAAUGUACUGACACAUUUUUAGAGGAAAAGAACACUGAACCUCGAGCAAACAAGGGGAGGCUUCGUGCAAUGAAGACUGGUAUAGAAGCAAAGGACCUUUUCCCAAAAGUCAUGGCAGUGCUGCUGUUGUUGGCUCUGGUGUGCCCAACCAUGGCCUCUUCCACACCAUUGUCUGCUCUGGAAUCGUGUGGGCCAGAGGUUGCUGCUCUCAAGCGCAGCAUAAGGAAACUGGAGAAUAGACUCUUUAUCGGGAAUUGGCAGGUUGAGUACUUGCAGAAGCACAAACACUUCUGGCCAUUUCAACCUGCUUUGGCUAAUACUAAAGCUGAAACUGACACUGCCCCUGGUGUAAACCACAGCAGCAGUGGGGCAUUAGACAGCUCUAACAGGACACAGAUUGUACCGCUUCCACCUGGAGGCAAUUUGAUUGUCUAUGACAAAGACUGCUCUGAGCUGUUUGACCGACUGAGACCACCAAGCGGUUUCUAUCGCAUCAGACCCAAAUUACACCAGGAACCUUUUUUGGCCUACUGUGACAUGGAGGAUGGGGGAGGCUGGACGGUGUUUCAGAGACGUCGGCAUGGAAAAGUGGACUUCAGCAGAGACUGGGUAGACUACAGAGAUGGCUUUGGUGACUUCAAACUGUGGAAUGAUGAGUUUUGGUUGGGGAAUGAGCACAUGCAUUCGCUCCUCUCAGAAGGUAAGAACCUGGUAAAGAUAGAUCUAAUGGACUGGGAUGGACAGAGAAGUUAUGCAUUUUAUGAGAACUUCAAGAUCACAGAUGAGGCCGAUAAGUAUCGUCUCCAGUAUGGGGUGUAUAGUGGGAAAGCUGGAGACGCUCUGACUGGUAGUGGGGGGAUGGUGGAGCAGUGGUCUGCUUGCCUCAGCGGGAUGCAGUUCAGCACCAGAGAUCAGGACAAUGACCGCUACCUUCAGGGCAGCUGCGCUGAGGAGAAUCUGGCAGGUUGGUGGUACAACAGAUGUCAUGCAGCCAACCUAAAUGGGAGGUUCUACCGCAAAGGGAAGUACAAGGGCCCGAAUGAUAAUGGUGUGGUGUGGGGGACCUGGAAAGGCCUUUGGUAUUCCCUCAGACACACCACCAUGAAGGUGCGGCCUCUGGUUUUCUUGGAUGUCACGGGCAGUGGAGCAGGGGAAAUUUAAAAAUGGCAGGCUUCAUAUUCCCUUGUGUGAUCCAGAAUGAAAAAUGAGGGGAAAGACUGAUGUGUUUAAAUUCUUUGUAUUUGAACUUCAACCUUUGUUUUAUCAUUUAAAACCAUAAUCAAAUGUUGACGGAACAGUACUAUUUUCCAGUAAGCACUGCUUUCUAUUAAGUGUAUAAUAUUACUCAAACAAUAAAACAAACAGCAUCUCAGCCACAAUGCUUCCCUGAUGUUCAUACACCUGCAUACUGCAGUCACACAUCACUAAACAGUAAACAUCACAGUGAGAGUGACUUUAGUAACAGCACAAUGUUAUACAAUGGGACUUCACAGCAUGAUGAAAUAAGCACAUUCA